AAUGGCUGCAAAUAAAGAAGACUCAGACAUUGACGAUAUUCUCGCCGACGAGGAGGAGCUCGAGAAGGCUUUGUGUGUGCUAGCUGGAAGCGACUCAGAAAACUGUUCUUAUUCUCGGGGUUAUGUGAAGAGACAGGCUGUGUUUGCCUGCAACACCUGCACUCCCAGUGCUGCAGAGCCUGCUGGAGUUUGUCUGGCUUGUGCCAAUAAAUGCCACGAUGGACAUGAUGUCUUUGAACUGUACACCAAAAGAAAUUUUCGCUGUGACUGUGGAAAUAGCAAGUUUGGGGAAUUCAAGUGCCAGCUAAUUCCUGCUAAAGAUGAGGAAAAUGUCAGAAAUCAGUACAAUCACAACUUCAAUGGCUGCUACUGCACGUGUGACCGGCCGUACCCGGACUCAGACGAUCAGUCCAACGAUGAGAUGAUUCAGUGUGUCAUCUGUGAGGAUUGGCUUCAUGGCAGGCACCUGGGCUGCACUACAGUGGAACCCGAGGAGCUGCAAGAAAUGAUAUGUGAGACCUGCAUGAAUAAGUUUCCUGUCUUGUGGACGUACGCUGCUCACUUUGCAGUAUCACCUGUGAUCAGCGUCAGUCAUCCUGAGGAGGAGGUAGAAGUCGAUGUCGAGGAAGCGGCAGAAAAGGAAGAAGCCUCUGAGUCCAGUCAAAGCAGGGACGAGGAACCGUCCACCAGUGUUGAGCACACAGAGCAGGAGGAAGCCGCAAACGGGAGUUACCCUUGCAAACGGACCCACGAGGAAAUGACAGGCAGCACUGCAAAGGCCACGACCAAAACUGUUGUGUGCAGGCUGAAAGAGCUGCAGGCCAAGGGGCCGGAGAGGCUGAGACAGGGAGCGGUGUUCUGGCCUUACACUUGGCGCUCCAAGCUCUGCACCUGCAUGAGCUGCAAGAGGGUCUAUGUGGCUGCUGAGGUGCAGUUCCUUAUGGAUCAGUCAGACACCAUUCUGGCCUACGAGAACAAGGGCAUGGAUGAGCCAUUUGGGCAGCACCCGCUGAUGGCACUGACGAGCUCGAUGGACCGUGUGCAGCAGCUGGAGGUCAUUUACGGUUACAACGAGAUGACAACUUCGAUCACUGCGUUUUUAGAACAGUGUGUUGCUGAAGGAAAGACGGUCACAGUCGAAGCUGUUCAUCAGUUCUUCGAAGAGCUGCGGGCCAGAAAACGACGAAGGACCAAUGCAGGAUACCAGUAACAAGGAGGCCAUGCUGCUAUAAUACGCCUGGUUCAUAUGGUGCUUUAAAUGAAUGUGAAACUUUGAAGAUGACGCUUUUUCUCUGUUAAAUAAAGGGGAUUCUUGCUGCAACCAAUGUGAUCCUCAAGCUUGAACAAUUAGUGCAAAGAGUACUGACUUGCUGUUAAGUGUUAGGGGUGAAAGAGUGAGCGUUUUGGGGAUAGUUUCACUUCCCAUUGUUUUUUUUAUAAUUAUGCCUUAAUUCUGAAGCUCAUUGAAUGUUACUUGAAUCAUUUCUGAACAAAAUAAGUUGUUUCAGUACGGUAUGCUUUAAAAAGAUUAAAUUGUUCCAUUUUCAUGUGAUGAGUCAUCACAUGAAAAUGAUGUCAUAAGCAUUUUUGUUAAACGUGUCCAGUUUGUCAUUUUAAUACCAGUGUGUUUAAAUUGUGAAGAGGUUUUCUGGUGGCGAACAUUUAAGACAGUUGUUUGUAAAAGUGAUGUGAACAAAUAUCAUGUGUAUUAAUGUUCCAAAUAAAAAUCACAUGUUUCUAGUGCACAAAACAA